AUGAAUGAUAAUGAAACUCCGCUAGAAAAAGCGCAUGCACCAUAUGGUAAAUCGUCAUUUGGAAAUGGCAAGCGAACGAGAGAUGUUCAAACAUUCGGGCCCCUGCUAUCUUACACACGUCGACUGAACAUAAUACAUUUUCCUAAUCUAUGGGCCGUUUUCUCUCUCCCCUUUGAUGCUUGUCACAGGCGAUGCAUAGCCGCGAGUUUAGUCCAGGGUGUGUACGCACAGGAAUGGGAAAGACAGGAGCGCCGGCUCGGCCCGGAUGCUCAAGCGGAAAUCUGGUGGAGCUUCUUCGGUUUCAAGCUUCUCCGCCCUCUGCUCGAUCGAGUCGACGGGUCCAUUUUCGGCGCUGUUUAUAAAUGGAGUAAAAAGGCAGCGCAAGUGCGAUUUCGGCCGCCGGGAGUACCCAAAAUAGUGGUUGCCUUGAGAGGAACGGUUCCGAAAGCGGGGGCUGUGGCCAGAGAUCUGUGGCUAGACCUCAGCUUUCUCACUAACGAACUCCACACAAGCUACCGUUUUCACUACACGCUGGACGUUGUGAAAAAAAGCGUUCGCAAGCAUGGAAGUGAGAACGUGUGGAUCGUGGGGCAUUCUCUGGGCGCCGCCAUGGGCAUGUUAGCAGGACGGAAAAUGGCAGAGGAAGAGCGCCAGUUCUUACAGGCCCAUCUCUUCAAUCCGCCCUUUGUUUCGCCGCCAGUGGAAAGGAUUCAGAAUGAGAAAAUCAAGAGCGGGUUUUACAUUGCGCGAAGCGUGGUCACAGCCGGGCUGUCAAUGACGCUGCAAGAUAACCGUAGCUGACGUAAAUCAGAAAGAACAUUCUCCGUUCUGCGGUUUUGGGUUCCUUGUUUGUAUGUCAAUCGGCAGGACUAUGUGAGCUCGGGUUACGUGGGUUAUUUUGCGAACCAGCAGGUGAUGCAGCGAAUGGGCGCCGGCGGUAUUGCUAAACUGUCGGCGCAUCAUUCUAUCAGUGACAUUGUUUUGUCGGCGUUGGGAAGGAAGUCGAAGGCAGGGCAUUUGAUACCUUGUGCGAGUCUUAUUAUCAACCUGAGUGCUUCUGCGAAUUUUAUGGCGGCGCAUGGUAUUAAUCAGUGGUGGGCAUCUGAUAUCAGAAUUGAGUGCACGGAAUACAGGCUUGUUCCGGCAGAGGAAACUCUUCAGGUGCAACCCAAAACUGCUCUUCGUUUACGAGCACAUAUUUGACGUCGGUGGAUUAUUUUGUGUUUGUCUCCAGAUUCAAUGCCUAAGGAUCAUGGGAACAUUUAUCAAAGGGCCCCACCUGAUGGAUGGGCUGAGCAUUGUCAGUGUAGAUAGUGGAAAC